AUGGGAAUCCUGAUGCUUGGCCUGUUGGCCAUGUUCCUUUUGGUCUCCUCAGACGUGGCAUCUACCAAUGCAAAAGAGGUGAAAAAUGUAGUGGGUGAUGCCAAAUAUCCUGGUGGAGGCUAUGGAGGGGGGUACCCUGGCUAUGGCGGUGGCUAUCCUGGCCGUGGUGGGGGAUACCCAGGUCGGGGUGGUGGAUACCCUGGUGGUGGCUAUCCUGGCCGUGGUGGUGGAUACCCAGGUCGGGGUGGAGGAUACCCUGGUGGUGGCUACCCUGGUGGUGGUGGCUAUCCUGGUGGUGGUGGUGGUUACCCUGGUCGUGGCGGGGGAGGAGGAAGGAAUUGUCGCUAUGGCUGUUGUGGUGGCCGGACAUACAAUGGAGAUUGCAGAAGGUGCUGCUAA